CAUCGAGAUAACUUUCCCAUUGAGAAUACGUGACUGUUUUGAAGUUCUCAAUGCUUCAUUUUUCAAGAAAUCCGGACGAGAUUCGUUUCAGGAGUUGGAACGUUCAACUAUUUGUUCCAACCAAUGGAUCUCGGGAAGGCGGAAACAGAAAACACCGGACCAAUAAUUGUUAGAUUUGUCACUGACGAAAGUGGGAGUUUUCGUUUUUCUUUCCCUCGAUUGGCUAAAUAGAACAAUUAUGCGGAAAAGGAUAGUCAGAAUUGGCCAAACGUGGCUCAUUUUCAUACCUUUCUACCAAGAAAUCCUUUAUCCUCACGGCAGGUAGUGGACAGCUCUAUUUUAUAAUAGAUAGUACUUUGAGUUGCACGGCGUACGAGAGUCAUUCUUGUGCAUCAAGUGUUAGGAGUCAUAUCGAUAGUGACAAGUGAUCCGUGCCAGAUAUUCGAAUAAAUAGAAUAUCAAGAUAUAUCAUAGAAUAUCAGAUAUAUCAAAUCUUCGCGAUGGGAAAAAAGAAGAACGAUACACCUAAAGAAAAGACGUAUGAAACCGCAGAUAUCCCGGAAUAUCGGGAACCAAUCGACUUGGAGACGGAAUAUCGUGAUUUUCCGGAGGAAAAGUUGUGGAGCCCGAGCGAAGAUGUUGAUAAGUGGUUUUCUGAUUAUAAUGUCAUGGCACGGUCUGUACUGACUUUCGUACAAGAAAAACAGGGGAUUUCUAACGAAGAAGCUAUGGAGAACGCGUGCUCAGGUUAUGCUGAGCAGUAUAUCGCAGAUGUUCUUCAUAACUCUCAAUAUCUGCCAGAAGUAGCAUUAAAAAAAUUAUUAAAUAAAGAGUUGCCGCAAAAGCUAAUUGAAAAAUGGGACCAAAAAGACAUCAAAAUUUUUGAAAAAGGCUUUUUAACGUAUUGGACAAAUUUUGGUCUUAUUCAACGCAAAUUCCUUCCGCAUAAAAAUGUGGAAGACCUGGUGGAAUUUUAUUACGUGUGGAAACGGACCGAAGCCGGAAGAAAUUUGAAGCGCUCCUGUACCCGUCGACCCAAACGAUUCACCAUGCGUCGUAUCUCCGCGGAGUUAUUAUCUUUAAAGAUUCUUCAAAAUGCUGCGAAACUUCCUCCAAAAAGGAGAAGGAAGAAAAAUUCUAAAGUGCUAAGAAAAAAGACGAAAGCGAAAGUUUCGAAAGCGAAAGCUUCGAAAGCGAAUCAGAAGACGAGAGCAAAAAAAUGUUCAACUGCUAAACGAUAAUUUAAAGGACGAACAAACAAUCUUAAUAAUGAUUAUGACGAGUUUCAAGACUGAGGAAUCGCUUUCAACAUACUGACCUCCACAUUUUCUUUUUGCUAUUUUAUACGUAUAUACGUCCACGAAAAAUGAUAAUAUUCUUGACUAUAUAUAAAAAAAAAAAAAAAAAAAAAAAAAAAAAAAAAAUCCACAAAAAACGAUAACAUUCUUGACUAUAUAUAUAUAUAUAUUAUAUAUAUAUAUAUAUUAAAAAAAAGAAAAAAGUGUAAUUUUAUCAUAGUUAAUUUUUGAAGAUUUUGCGAGAUCAAUUUUUCUAUUUAUCAAAUAGGGAAGAGAAAGGAGGAGAAAUAGAUAUUCACUUCAAAAACUUAUUAUCAUCUGUUUUUGAACAUAAACACAAAGUAUUACUAGUCAUUAGUUAAUUAUUAAUUGAAAAGGACUUAUCAGCUCGCAAUUAAUUGAUCAAUGUAAAUUGAUAAAAUGAUCUCGAAAAAAAAGAAGAAAUGUAGCAAAAUGAUCUCGUAUUGUUGAUUCACGUUAAUUCCCAUUUUAAUGUAUUAUAAAAAUUUCUAAAGGAAUAAUUGUAUAUGCAUGUAUUUAAUUCAUUUUUAGUUAUGUACAUUAUUAUACACUUGGCUACAAAAAAUAUUUGACUUUGUAUUUCUGCUCAUAUACAUCACAUCCUCAUAUUUCCUUUCCUACAAUAAUUCGAAUAUUAAAAAAAAAAAAAAAAAAAAAAAUAAAUAAAUAAAUAAA